CCACAUCAAAUCUCCCCAUGCUCUCGUCUAUGAUGCGGUCGAACCAAGCUGCCGGGAAUUAUCCGGGUGGUUCUGCACGAGUAGUCGGGCUCGCUUAGCUGCAGACCUGGGCGACAAACCCGGCGCCUCUCCACCCGCGUAUCCAGGGAGAUGGGUCGAGGGCAUCACGACAUGGGCCAGUCUGCCGGUGCGGGCGGAGGGACUGUCUACUAUAUAGCUCAUCCCUCGCCCAUGGACUGAGCCGUUCUCAUCCUGCCCUACGCCGAAGCGUGAUAACCGAGGCUCGUAAACCAGCGCUGCCAUGAAGUCAACCACUCUUCUCCUCGCCGUCACUGCGGCGGCCACCGCGGAUGAGCACAUUCUCAGACGCCAGGAGAGCAACCUGCCCAUCACGCGCGAGGGUUCCACGCUCCUCCUGGACGGGCAGCCAUGGAAGGCGGUCGGCCCCAACGUCUACUGGCUCGGGCUGGACGAGAACGUGAUACCGCCGGCAGGCGAGCCCUUCUACAGCCCGUCGAACGCGAGCUACCCGACAAAGGGCCGCAUCACCGAGGUGAUGGCCAUCGUGAAGGCGCUGGGCGGGACGGCCAUACGCGCGCACACGGUGGGCGUGAGCACGGGGAACCCCCUGAGCGUGUGGCCAGAGGCCGGGGUCGUCAACGAGCAGGCCUUCGAGACCAUCGACUGGACCGUCGCACAGGCGCGGGCGUACGGCCUGCGGCUGAUGGUGCCCCUGACCGACAACUACGACUACUACCACGGCGGCAAGUACGACUUCCUGCGCUGGGCUGGCUUCAACCUCACCCAGUCUGCGGAUGCCAACAACCCGCUCAUCCAGCAGUUCUACACCAACGCCACCAUCAUCGACACCUUCAAGGAGUACAUCCGCACCCUGCUGACCCACGUCAACCCGCACACCAACCUGACGUACGCCGAGGACCCCACCAUCUUCGCCUUCGAGAGCGGCAACGAGCUGGCGGGCCCCGUCUGGGGUGAUAUGGAUGUGCCUGCGUCCUGGGUUGAGGAGAUCGCCGGCUACGUCAAGGGUCUGGCGCCCGCCAAGCUGUUCGUCGACGGGACGUACGGCGUGAACCAGGCGCACCUUGGGCUCGAGGACGUGGACAUCUUCUCGGACCACUUCUACCCGGCCGACAUUGCGAAGCUGCAGAAGGGCCUGGACCUGGUGGCUUCGGUGAACAAGGGCUACUUCGCCGGCGAGUACGACUGGGUCGGGUCAGCCGACGACGGCGUCACGCCGAGGGGCGACUCCCUGGCCGAUUGGUUCAAGGUGAUCGAGCAGAGCCCCGUGGCUGUUGGGGACGCCUUCUGGAGCUUGUUUGGCCGUAAUGUGCCCGACUGCACCGCCUUUGUCAAUCACACCGACGGCUUCACGCUGCAGUAUGGCAAUCCUGCAAACUCGGACUACACGGAUGGCCGCAUCCAGCUCAUCCACCAGCACUUUGUAAAGAUGAGCCAGGGCCAGAAUAUCAGUGCCGAGGCAGACCUGCCUGUUGUACCGUGCCCAGCUUCCCCAGAUGGAGGGAGCCGUCGCCUCAAGUGGUAGUCUAGCUGCUUUGGGACGUUAGCAACCAGCAAUCAAAGAAACAAACACGUUAAACAACAUUCACAUGCUCCAAAAAGCUGCAAUGCCGUUUUUUCUUCGGUAGCUUGCUAGUCUCAAGUGCUUCUGCUCAGCUCUCAUAGUAGACCCAGAGUAUUAGGCCUACACAAAGGAGCUUUCUACAUUAGAGGUUUUUCUUCAGGGGUCUUCCUGUGAAAUCUGCCUUUCUCCCCUUCCCUCUUUUUGGAAAAAGGUAAGGGUUUACCCUUUAGGAGGUUUUCCCCCAUAUGAACUUAACCCACACGAAGUACCAUGUAGAAGUUUGCUACAGGGUGUCCUUCGGGAAGUUACGCUACAGGGCGAGAUUCACAAUAUACUAUAGAGUAUCUCGCAUAAAAGAGAGAAAAAGGCAGCUCCGAACCAUCCGACUACGUCUUAAAUACACCCAUGUGCCAGAUAUGAGCCACGGCACGAAGAAG